CUAGAUAUAAAUCUAGGAGAAUUUUACCUAUAAUAAGUGUACAUUGGUGCAUAAUUGAUGAUGAAGUUGGUUUGAAUAUUAUGUUUUAUGAAAUUUGCAUAACAAUACGUAAAAAUACAAUAAAAAAAUUACAACAAUUUAAAUUUGUAUCUUCAUUCAUAUGAAAAAGUUCUACAUUUAUAUUACAUUGAAUUAUACUUGAAUUUAAAAUUUACAUAAUGGCUACAUUUACAUUAGCAAAGGUAGAAUUACAAACUGAUGUAUACAUGGUAUGCUUGCAGCAUGCCUUGUCAACAGAAAAAUUUGAAGUAAUGGGGUUACUAAUUGGGGAUACAGAAGAUAAUGUUGCAAGAAUAGUAGCAGUCAUUAUUUUAAGACAUUUGGACAAAAAGAAAGACAGAGUAGAAAUUUCAACUGAACAAUUAUUAAAAGCUGUUGGUGAAGCAGAUCGUUUAAGUGAAGAAUUAAAACGUCCUGUACGUAUUCUUGGAUGGUAUCAUUCUCAUCCUCAUAUAACAGUUUGGCCAUCACAUCUUGAUAUUAGAACUCAAACAAAUUAUCAGACAAUGGAUCAUGGUUUUGUAGGUUUAAUAUUUUCAGUAUUUUCAGAAAGUAAAGAAUCUAAGGAGCAAGAAAUUUCUUUAAUUUGUUUUCAAUCUCAUAAUGAGAAAUUAACAGAAAUUCCAUUAGAAAUUGUACAUACACCAAUAAUAUCAAAUACAUGUCUAAAAACAAUGACAAAUUUAUUAAAAUUAUUGGUACAAGAAGAAGAAGAGAUGGCAGAAACAUAUAAAGAUCAACAAGAUAUUCUUGCCAGCAUACACAAUAAUGCUGUGAGAACACGAACAUUAGUUCAUAUAACAGAUAUAAUUACUAAGCCUUUGGUAUUAAUGUUUAAGAAAAGGAUAGCUUUAAAUAAAUUACGUGCUGCAUAUCUUCGAAGGCAGCUACAAGAACUACAAAAAAUAUAUAAUUGAUGAAAAUUUAUGUUAUAAUUAAAGACAAUGUUUCUCUAUUUUUUGUGUGUAUAAGUACAUUAAGUUGAAUUUUUUUUACUGCAUAGUAAUGAAUUCCCGUUUUGUUUUCAUAUUAUUUAUUGUUAUGGAAGAUGAAACAAUAUUCUGCAUAAAAAUUGUAGUAUUAUAUAAGAAAUAAAAUUUCAUUAAUUUUUUUUCAA